UCAAGCUUUAACCCAAUCUGACCCCCUCCUUUCUCCUCCCUUUGUGUAUUUCAGAAUGGCGUCAGUGUUGCGAUACAGGGUACCCCCCCGCCAACCAGUCAGGAAACCUCACUGUAUUGAGAACUUCGCCAACUUCCGUACUUGUCACUUGGACCAGACAGUCACCACCUCAUGUCAAGUAUGAGGUUACUUACAAGCCCACCAAUGCCAAGUACCGUGUGGUGGUGGAGGUCCUCGCCCCGCAGAGUUCGGUGAUGUUGGAGAGACUCCUCCCGCUCACCCAGUACCAAGUUCACGUGUCCAUCAUCGCCAACAAUUCAGCGCUGUGGACUUCGCCAGUUGUCACAUUCCACACCACGCGGGACGACGUGUUCCAAGUCUUCAACAACAGCACGCCCACGAUCAUUGACGCCAUAGACGUGAGCGUGGGCGGCAUCGAGGGCAGUGAUGUCACGCCCCUCGAGAACCUGGGCGCCCUGGACCAGAAGGUGGGCCUCGUGAGGGUGAGGGCGGAGGAGGUGGGGAUCGUCCUCCUCGUCCUGGCCGUGUGGAUGUUCGCCAUCGCGCUCUUCUUCAACAGGUGGGGCAAGAUCCGCAUGUUGGAGCCCUACCAGGAGCCCUACAAGGAGGCUCCCCCCCAGCUGCUGCAGCACCGGCCCUCCUGCCCCAUGGCGGACCCCUACGCCCUCCCCACCAACCCCCUCAAGAUCGAGCAUAACGGCAGGAACCGCCCACGCCAGAAUUCGGUCUUCGUCGGCAGGACUCGCUCGCUAAGCCUCGAGGUCCAUCCGCCCAGGAGAGUGAAGAGUGCCCUCAACCUGACCACCAUGGUCCUCCAGGAGAGCGAGGAAGAGGCCGGGGGCGUGGCCACCACCUUCACCUAGUUCCUGCUUGAAGAGACGUUGAGAGGAAGAGGGAGAGGCGAAGUUGAGGAAUUGGAGGAGCUUCUACGCAGGGGAGGAGGGGUGGGGAGGACCAAGCUCUCCUCCCUCCUCCCACCUCCCCUCUGGAUCCCAACCCCCGACGAAUCACAUGAUCCUAUAUGCACACUUCGUAUUUUUAAAUGUUUGUUGGCAAUGGCUGAAGGCAGCGUGCAUUGUCAUUGUUACGGAUGUAAGUUAUGAAUAAACACACAUAUCGUCAGAGGUAAGGAGAAAUUAGUAUGUAUAUGAAGCCUCGACCAAUGGGUAUGCCAGUCAGGGUUAGGAGGAAACAGCUUUAAGAAUAGAGUUAAGUGAGGUGGAGAAUUAUGAUACUUUUUUUUCUUUUCUUUUCUUUUUUUCUUUUUUUUUUAAGAAUGAAAGGAUGGGUACUACGGAAUGGGAGAGUUUCAAUGUGAUAGGACUAUAAUGAGGAUUGAAUCCUAUUUUCAAAACUACUAGGAUAAUGUUUUCUGUGAAUAGUAUAAAAAAACAAGAAAGCUAAAAAAAAACUAUUGUAUUCACAGAAAGGAUUUGCAUAGGUCUUUUAGUCUCUAACAUUUCUAAGCAUUUCUUUGUUGUUGUAUAUAUUGCUGUACAUAAGAAUGUUCAAGCUAUCAGAUGUUAUAUUAGUGACAUUUUAACUUUGGCCGAAUUAAUCUCAACAACGCUAUUUUCUAGGUUAAUAAUGUCUGUCUAUGAUUAAAAUUUUACCUGUUUAUCCAUGUCCAUCAAAAGGUCAUGCUCAUCGUCUAUGCCUUUAU